AUGGAAGUAAUUUUAAAAGACACGCGAGAAUACACAAAGGAGAGAAGCCGUACAAAUGUGCGGAAUGUGGUGCUGAUUUUACAGAUGGAAAAAAGUUAUUUAAAGAGACAUAGAACAAUUCACACAGGGGAGAAGCUAUACAAGUGUGAGAUAUGUGAUGCGGCUUUCUCUCUGAAACAAUAUUUGAAAAAACAUAUAAGAAGACACACAGGAGAAAAGCGAUAUAAGUGUGGGAUAUGUGGUAUUGCUUUUUCUCAAAAACAUUCUUUAAAGACACACAGAAGAAUGCACACAGGAGAGCGUAGCUAUCGAAUUUUCAUGGAUUUACACGCUGAAGACAAGCCAAACACGUGUAAGGUCUGUGGAGCUUAUUUCUCCCAGAAAUCUCAUUUAAAGCGUCACAUGAAAAUACAUACAGGAGAGAAGCCGUACACAUGUGCGGAAUGUGGUGCUGAUUUUACAGAUGGAAGUAAUUUUAAAAGACACGCGAGAAUACACAAAGGAGAGAAGCCGUACAAAUGUGCGGAAUGUGGUGCUGAUUUUACAGAUGGGAGUAAUUUUAAAAAACACACGAGAAUACACAAAGGAGAGAAGCCAUUUAAAUGUGGAACGUGUGAUGCUGCUUUCUCUCCGAAGAGUGAUUUGAAGAAACAUACACGAAUACACACAGGAGAGAAACCAUACAAGUGUGGGAUAUGUGAUGCUGCUUUCUCUCUGAAGCAUCAUUUACAAACACAUAUAAAAAUACACUUGGGAGAAAAGCCAUAUGAAUGUCGUAUAUGUGAUGCUACUUUCGCUCAGAAAAGUUAUUUAAAGAGACAUAGAACAAUUCACACAGGGGAGAAGCUAUACAAGUGUGAGAUAUGUGAUGCGGCUUUCUCUCUGAAAGAAUAUUUGAAAAACAUAUAA